AUGCUUAUUGAAAAAGCCAAAGCCCUUGCUAAUGGAUUAGGAGUUUUACCAAAAACAUUACAAUUUUCUCAUAGUUGGUUGCAAAAAUUUAAAGAAAAAAAUGAUAUCCGCCAAAUAAAACUUCAAGGUGAAGCUGCAUCAGCAGAUAAUGAUGCCAUUGCUAACAUAUUACUAUUACUAAAAUCCAACUGGGAAGAAGUAAAUCCUAAAACUAUAUAUAACUAUUGGAAACAUACUAAUAUUCUUCCCACCACUUAUAAUGCAGAUCUACAAAAUCUUUCUGAGAAUAUUCCUCAAGACAGUGCUGAACUUGACGAUCUUUCUGAAAUGGUUAAGAAUAUUAAUUUUUCUGACCCUAUGCAUAUUGAAGAGUUUCUAACUAUUCCAGAAGAAAAGAUUACUUACGAAAUUCCUGAAAAUAUAAGGUCAUUAAAGAACUUGUAG